AUGAGUUGCACUGAUCCUUCCGACACCCUCUUCCCCGUUCUCGUGCUCGCCGGCAGCGACGAAUAUGUCAAUGCUUGCACUGCAGGUAACAUCACCUCCAACUCUGCCGCCGUGAGCGCCAUGACAAAAUGUUGCGGUAGUGCUCCCGUCAACGUUAUCAUGGACGGUUGCUACAGUUACUGCAAUGUUACUAGCAGUGCUGAUCAACAAGCUUUCGAACAAUGCUUCGGUUCAAGUGCUGGUAUUACACCAGAUGUCGAUUACGGCUGCACCUUGGAUGACGCUUCAGGACAUGAGAUUCCUGGCAGCGGUACCAUCUACCCAACUUCCACUGAGUCAUCAGCUGCAAUUGCCACUCUUGUCCCCAUCACCGUUACUACAUCUUCUGGUGCUGCUACCACUACCGCAACUUCUGGCCAAGCCACCGCAACAAUCGCCGUCAACUCAACCUCUGUCUCUACCUCUGCCUCCGGCAGCGCAAAGCCUUCGACAACAAGCAAGACUUCAGCUUCGGCUUCCUCUUCCGCUGCUACUGCUUCCACCACUGCCAACGCUGGUCAACCAACCGUCAAGCAAUUCUCCAAGGGUGCUAUCGCCGUUAUCGCACUUGCUUUCGCCCGUUUCUUGAUUUAA